ACUAUAUUCACUUAUUCAUUUAUUAAUACAAUUUUGGUCUUACUGAAUGCACAACCGCUUCUAUUUCAUAUAAAACACUUCCGGUUUAAAUUUGUACUUCCGGGUCAUCGGGUUAUCAGCUGUAUAUGUUUACGAUAUGUCAAAGUAGCCGGCGCUUUAAAUUUGUUGGAUGCGGUUUUGCCGCUUAUGCUAUCUUCAUGGUGUGAGAAUUCUGAGAUCUCUUCAAAAGAUAAAUGCUGACGAACAGUUAAGGUGGUACAGAGGAAAAACUGAAAACGAAAAACUGGGCGGAACCAGGAAAUUUCUCGUCGGGUACAAGAUCGUCAGAAAUGGUGACAACGACGUCUGGACUGGUCGUGGCUUUUGUGACAAAAUACCCUUGCAGCAAAUGUUCGUCUUCAGUAUCACCGAAGCCUGCUGUAUAGCAACUGUAGUGAAUGCUGCAAGGUGUGGCAAUACGUCAAUCGGGUUGAUGUAGAGAUGUGUUAGAUUCUGCGUGUGUGUGUCUGUGUGUGAUACACCGAUGGCUGACUCCAGUUUUAAUUUACCAGCACGGCGAGCGACCAUCGUUAGUGUUGUUGUCCCCGUCCUACAAAAUGCCACUCCAAGACAACACGGGGAGGAGGUCGUCCGACAAAUUGGAACAGAACCAUGUUUAUAGUGUGUAUGACCAGAUUGCCCCCUGCUUCUCCGAGAUCUCCCAGAAGGCCUGGCCGAAUGUACGUCGGUUUCUCAAGCGCCUACAGCCAGGCUCAUUGGUCGCAGAUAUAGGAUGUGGCAGUGGACGAUAUCUUCACAUCAACAAAAGUGUCUUUAAAGUUGGAUUAGACAUAUGCUGUCCCCUGGUGGAAUCGGCCGGAACUAAGGGGCAUGAAGUACUGGUGGCAGACAACCUCAAACUGCCGUUUAGAUCGGGUCUGUUUGAUGCAGUGAUAUCUAUUGGUGUCAUCCAUCACUUCGCAACCACAGAACGGCGGAUCGAAGCAGUUCGCGAACUAGCCAGAAUUCUACGACCGGGCGGACAGCUAAUGCUGUAUGUGUGGGCAUACGAACAGAGGCAUAGACGUUUUGAUGGACAAGAUGUACUGGUACCGUGGCACGGAGGACAGAAGACCAGCCGAUCGGCUAAUAUACAAGGUCUGUUGCCGUUCUGCUCAGACAAGGAUUUGUCUAGUGUGAGCUCUAUCAGUGAGGACGAGUCUUCAGCGGACACUUCAGAUUUCUCCUUUUCUGGCCGCACACUUCAGCGGACAGCUUCAGAAACUUUUAAAGACGCCCUAAAGGACACACUCAAAGAACUGGACAAUGUUUUCUGGACAGAUCAUUCUGUUUCGAAGGUCAAUGCAACCCGAAAGAGGUCAAAUACUCUCCCUAACAUCCUCAAUGGUCAAGGACUUCUGCGCCUGCCAGAGGAGAAGAAGAGGGUAUCGUCGGUCAGUAGAAGUGUCCUAGCGGAGGAAUGUCGUAGAAUCGAGGCAAGCAUGAAGGCACUGUCAGCCAGUCACAACCAUCGAUGGUAUGGCGGGGAGGAUGGUGAUGGUGAGGGAAGCGAUAUCACGGAGAAGGAUGACAGACGUAUUCCUGUCCUAAACGGAAUUCACAAUGCCUCAGACAAGUGUGGGACACACAACACCCUCAUCGAUGGUGAAGGGCAUGCCAAACAUAAACAGUAUUAUCAAAAUGUACUGAGUCACAAAUCGAAAAAUGUUUCUACAAAAACCAAACUCGCUCCAACGAAAACAUAUCUCUCAUCUGACUCAAUUGUUGAGCCGAUUUCUGCAUAUCAAUCACAUAGUCAUAUAGCCAAAAACGUGAAAGUAAAAACUGUUAGCAAGUUAGCGCUUCAAGAUAGAGAGACACAUUCUGUGGUAAAUAAACAGGGUUUGAUCUCAGAAAGCAGUCCUAACAAAGUCUCAGGAACCAGCUCAAAAAAGGACACCAAGAAAACAAACAUACAGAACGAAGAAGUAUCAUUUUUUAACUUAAUAAAAGACAAAAUUAAAAAGGUAUUUGAUAUAGAACCACCGCCGAAACCUUUACAAUCUCCGGAUGUGAUCUCAAAAUCUCUGGCUGUUGAAAACUGGCUUCUUCAUUCCUUUGGGGGAGAUGGGACCCUGGGAAAUCUCUCAACUAGCACAAGUCUUGAUGAAUUUGAUGGGUUUGCAGUUAGAGAAUUUCCGCAAAGUAGUCGCCCUAGUAACAGAAAUAGUGUGGACAUCACAGAUGACCUAGAUAGAUUACAAAUCAGUGGUCAAGAGGAAGUGACCAAUGGUGUCAUUUCUGUUGCAGACGAUGGACUUGAGAACUGUUUAUCACAGAGUCAGGUUAAUGGUCACUCAAAAAAUUCUGAGUCAAACCUCGGCACUUUUCGUAAUCAUGUAAACGGAUGCUUGUCUGAAGAAACAAUUAACACACUAACUCAGAGUCAGACAUCUGGAACGAUGUUUGUUUGCUCGUCAAGGAGUGAAAAUUCUGUCCAAAGCUGUGCAGACAAUCAAAUUAGAUACUCUGGUCCCAGUUCUGACGCUGGUUCCACCAAUCAUAACAAGUCACAUGAUCAAAAGGGAUGGUCACAUGACUGUACUAUAAACAAUGGGUCAUGUGACCAAUACGGUGCCUUGGAAUCGCUAUGCAGGUUAACAGAUUUAGACCCCGCAGGAAACAACAGCCAAUUAUUUGUGUCCAAAGAAUUUUCCAAUGGAGAAAUGUCCACAGAAGUUCCUUCUCAUUGGAGCAGUCAGAGGAGUGAAAUAGAAAAAACAAACGUAUCAAAAUCGGGAGUAAGCAAAUCUUUACAAAAUUUAAACGGAUACCAUAAUGGCAGUACGGAAUCGUGCCAGCCAAACUGUGUAUCGGACGUGCAAGAACUCCCUGGUCAGUGUGCAGCUAAGGAAUUGUGUCGAUACUACCACGUGUUCAGGGAGGGUGAACUGACCGAGCUUAUAACUGACCAUGUCCAUAGCCUUCGGGUGGUCAGCGACAUGUUUGACCACUCCAACUGGUGUGUAGUUGUAGAGAAAAGGUAGCAGAAAUGUUUGACCACAAGAAUGAGAAGAUUAAUAUUAUAUCAAUUAGGUUCCUUAAUGUUUCUCUUCUUUCUGGAUGUCAAAUUUGUUUUAAAUGCUGAUUUCCUCAAUAUUUAGACUGUCAAUCAAAGACAUGUAAAAACAAAAUGAGAAAUUUAAUAUUAGCAACUUAACUUUUGGAGCGAAAUGCAUGUUGAAAAAUCAAAAAGUUUUAAUAAAACAAAAGGUUUUCAUCAAUAGGGAUAUGUUUGUAAGAGAUAUAUUUACACAUUUUUGUAUGUUUAUUAUCUCGGACAAAACUAAUAUUUGAUUUUUCAAAGGAAAUAUUCAGCAACAUUCCUCUUAAAUUUGUCAUGAAUCAUAAAAUUAAUCUAUCAUUUGAAAAUUAACCAGCCUCAAAAACUUACGGUAACACCCCUACAUAAAUGAAAUAUAAUCUGUCAUGUUACUGUCGUGAUUGGAACGUACGUUUGGCAGAAAUAGCAUGUCUAACAUGUACAUCGAUUGAUUAACUCAUUCACCCCCUGAAAUUUCAUAAUGAACUAUUCCAACCUUUGAAUUGGAAGAGUUCAAAUGUGUCUUUUGGGGUGAAUGAGUUAAAAAGUUAUUUUUAACUUUGAUACCUUUAUUAACAAUUUACCGGGGAUUUCUUCAUUCAACACUUCUUUAAUGAUUUGUUUGUGGAAAUGUCUAUUUUAUAACAUACAAUGUACCAACAGAUUGAGGUAUCUGUAACUGUGUAUAAAUCAAUAUUGACAUCAUAUUCAGUAGUCACAAGUUCACUUUUAUAAAAUGUGAAUGUGAUUUUUUUUUAUGUGUAAAUGUGAAUGCACAGUGAUCUUCGUACCCGGUAGAUGUUUUCUGUAUUUCUGAAAAAUUCCUUUUAUAGAAAAACUUU